AUGAGCAGGACAUCCGAGAGUGAACUAGCGUCCAUAGUUAUAGAGGGUGAGGAUCUCGGGGGGAACCAGUCAAAACUCCCUUCCCCAAUCCCAUGGACAAGUUUACCUGUCAGAUUUUCAGAUCCAAACAACCCCGAUUCCGAACGUAUUGUAGACGAGGUCAAAUCUGACGACUUAUUCGUGAGGACCGGAAAGUCCGUUACAGAAAUUACAAGCCUCAUACAAAAUGUUUCUACCACGUUAGAGGAAGUACACCGAUUCGUCGGAAGAACACGGAACAUUUUUGAUCAGACCUUCUAUGAAAACAAUAUGGACGCAGAGACUCAGUCACCAUUGCUCAACGAGAUGCAAUUAGGACCACAGACACCGGAGAGGGAGAGACCAAAUACGUCAAAUAAAGACAACUUUCAAGGGGUCAGUCAGAAAAUUUCCGUAGAAGACAGUUUGGGAUCUGAAGCCAUUAGCUUUUAA